ACACCACACGAACUCCUCUCUUGUUCUCCUCCGCGCUUGAACGGAACCGGCAAGGUCCCGUAAACUGCUGGUUGACGUGCCCUCCUGUUUUAUUGAAUAUAUGCUGUCAAUUUCGAAUUUUGUUUCAAUAAAGCAUCAAAUAUAAUCUAAAAAACUGCAUAAUGUAUAGGCUAAUAUAAAAUUUUAUAAGAAUAUCCGAUAAGUUUAGGUAAUGCUGCAUUAUAAUGAACAAAUUUGUUGAAACGUCAUUUAAAAUUGAAAAACUGUAUUUUACCUUCACGAAAUAUUCAGGCAGCCUUAAAUCCGGUGCUUUGCAAGGCGGCAAUUGCGUGUGGUGGGCGUACUUAGUCUCGUCGAUUUCAGAAAUCAGCAAGAUGAGUUUCACCAGUGAUGAGCUCAACUUCCUGGUAUACAGGUAUCUGCAGGAGUCAGGAUUCUCCCACUCGGCCUACACAUUCGGCAUGGAAUCGCACAUCGCGCAGAGCAACAUCAACGGCGCGCUGGUGCCGCCGGCGGCGCUCAUCACCAUCGUCCAGAAGGGCCUGCAGUACACCGAGGCGGAGAUUAGCAUCGGAGAGGACGGCACGGAGCGUCUGAUCGAGUCGCUGUCGCUGAUCGACGCCGUCAUGCCGGACAUUGUGGCGACGCGCCAGCAGCUGGCGGCGCAGCAGCAGAAGCCGGUGAAGCAGGAGACGGACGUGCCGCAGUCGAACGGCGACGAGGCGCCGCCGCAGCCCGCCGCAGCCGCCGUCGACGCCAUGGAGUGUACCGAUGCGCAGGUGGACCAGAGCAUCGAGAUCCCGCCCAGCAAGGCCACCGUUCUCAAAGGCCACGGCUCGGAGGUGUUCAUCUGCGCCUGGAACCCGACCACCGACCUGCUGGCAUCCGGCUCCGGUGACAGUACGGCACGGAUCUGGAACAUGUCCGACAACGCCUCCAGCAACCAGCAGCUGGUGCUGCGCCACUGCAUCCAGAAGGACGGCAACGAGGUGCCCAGCAACAAGGACGUCACAUCACUCGACUGGAACUGUGACGGUACCCUGCUAGCCACCGGCUCCUACGACGGCUACGCGCGCAUCUGGACCACCGACGGACGCCUGGCUUCCACUCUGGGACAGCACAAGGGGCCCAUAUUCGCGCUCAAAUGGAACAAAAAGGGAAACUACAUCCUGAGCGCCGGCGUAGAUAAGACGACAAUCAUCUGGGACGCGUCGUCUGGCCACUGCACGCAGCAGUUCGCCUUCCACUCGGCGCCGGCGCUGGACGUCGACUGGCAGAGCAACACCAGCUUCGCCUCGUGCAGCACCGACCAGUGCAUCCACGUCUGCAAACUGGCCGUCGACAAGCCCAUCAAGUCGUUCCGCGGGCACUCGAACGAGGUGAAUGCCAUCAAGUGGGACCCGCUGGGCAACCUGUUGGCCUCGUGCUCGGACGAUAUGACGCUCAAGAUCUGGUCCAUGAAGCAGGACACGUGCGUGCACGACCUGCAGGCCCACAGCAAGGAGAUCUACACCAUCAAAUGGUCGCCCACCGGGCCCGGCACCAACAACCCCAACAUGAAUCUCAUCUUGGCCAGCGCGUCGUUCGACUCGACAGUGCGUCUGUGGGACGUGGAGCGCGGACAGUACAUCCACACGCUCACCAAGCACACAGAGCCCGUGUACAGCGUGGCCUUCUCGCCGGACGGAAAGUAUCUGGCCUCGGGAAGCUUCGACAAGUGCGUCCACAUCUGGUCCACGCAGACCGGUCAGCUGGUGCACAGCUACAAGGGCACGGGCGGCAUCUUCGAGGUUUGCUGGAACUCCAAGGGCGACAAAGUGGGCGCCAGUGCCAGCGACGGCAGUGUGUUCGUGCUGGACCUGCGCAAGUGAGUCGCCCCUGGAGGACCAGCUCUUGUCGACGCGCCCGUGUUAUUGUGGCGGCGCACCGGGCAGGGCCGCGGGGCCGGCACUGUGGCCGUACGGUCGGCGCUUCAGGCCGACAAAGGACCGUUCAGUGACGAGACGGAACACAGGAACAGAGUGGGCUGUCGACGGACAGCGGUGGCUGCGGCCACCAGAUAAUGGGUGCUCCGGUCGGCAUUGACACGACGGCUCGGCCCGGCGCGGGUGAUGGCUUGGCCCGACGGCAGUGGCGACUAAACUCCGGCGACAGUGGCGACUGGGCCCCAGCGGGGGUGGCUACUCGGCCCUGGCAGAGGUGGCGUCUGAACCCCGGUGGGGGUGGCGACCAGACCCCGGCGGGGUGACGAUUCGACCCCCGGUGCAGAUGACGACUCUCCCAGCACGAACAGCAGUGUGGGCGCCCCGAGCAGUUGGAGGGAAGCUCACGCUACUCCAGGCUGCCAGGACAUGGGGAGCGGACGGCGGCGGGCCGGCCGGUGCGCUCGGGACCGUGGAGGCCGCCCUGACGACAGUGCCGCGGCAGUCCACGUCCGCCGGCCUCGCGUCAGUGGACUGGCAACAGUACAAAGGCUUCGGCUGGCAUUUCGUGUGUCGUGUUUCGUGUGCCUUGUUCAUCAUACAGUGGUCGAGACUGAGAGAGCAGACAAUGCGAGCGCGUGCACGUGCGCUCUGAUGGACUCGACAGCCGCACAUAUUCAUGUUUUUGUACAUAGUGAAAGAUUGCACGCGUGGCGAAAGACUGCAUAUGUGGACGCUUGAUAUUUUACGGUUGACGCUUUUCCAAGAAUCUAAUUUUAUUUCCGACCGACCUGGCGAUGGCGUCCAUAACUGGUCAAUUUUUCCUGCCGGGUAUCGAGACGAGUUUAUGCCAUCGUGACAGUCAAAUCCCGUCUCGACUUGAUCCAUUGACGUCAGUUAAGCUGUCAUCCGCUCUAGCCUGGACUUCGCAUGUUGUUUCACUUAGUUCUGUGUGGGAAAUGAGCUGGCUGCGUAGGUUAACCGGUAGUUAAUUUUGCAAGUCUACACACUGCUUAAGCUAGCAAUAGCAGCUCAUAUGUCCUACCGGUGUGUCUCGCCAUAUUCUACUCGGAAUGAUCUUAGCUUCCUGAAAUGCACUUGUCGCUAAAAUCGUGAAGUUGAUGUGAAUGUGUUUUGUACGGCUUCUGGCGCUGCCUGGGUGUUUUCGGUCAGACUGUGCUGUCGUCACCGGCGCCUCCAUCCACGCGCCCUGCCAGUGUUUGUACAUACAGCCAGUGUGUGUGUGUUUCGCAGGCCAGGGCGCCCUGGUAGCCCGUCGUGUUCGUUUCGUGUGUGGCGCGGGGUGUAUGAUGGCGAUGGUGUGAUUGUUCUGCUCCCUCUCCCAGUCCACCUGGAGACCGACCGCUGUUGAGCGACGCCUCUCUGCUCGACCUCAGUUGCUUUCCCGUCAAUUGUCGGCGCUUAUCAUCACAAAGUUGACGCCGUUUUAGUGGAAUUCCGCUUGGAGAUGUGGGACUGUUUGUGGCUCGUGCAGCUCGUUUUGCGCCGACUGCCGGCGAGGGCACUCGCGGUGGACUUACCACCAGCGGUCGUGUCGUGAUCUCCCGCGGACGAUGAUGUUCCGUGCCCGAGCGUGAAGUAUGUGUUGUCGAGCGUGAACGGCCCUGCUCGACGGCCGAAAUGGCCGAUCUUCACCGUGGUUGAUGUUGUUUAUGAUAAUGAAAAUAAAUGCCAAAUUUAUU